CAGUUUCGCACAAAGGCACUCACAGGUCACAGCCCGGGCUUUUCUGUGUUCGAAAGCCAAGCCGGAGAUGUUCCGUCAUUCCACCACACCCUCGUCGGCGCCUUCGUAUGGCGACGCCUUCAUGGCGGCCAGCUUCUCCUCCGUCCCGACGCAGAUCCCGCGCUCCGCCGCCGGGGGAUAUGGUGGAUACCUUGACGGCGGCAAUGCUAAUAGCGCAUUCCCUCCCUUCGCCGGCGCCUCGUCUCCGCCAUCCUACUCAUCGCUCCCAUCAUCAUACUACAACAAUAUCCACAGGAGCAUCAGCUCGCACUCGCUCCCGCUCCAGCUCCACCAGCUCGGCGACGCCCUGAACGGCGGUGGCGGUGGUGCAUUCUUCUCGUCAUCGUCACUAUCGCCACACCAGCUGUCAUCGCUCCCUCCGCUCUCCUCUUCUCCGUCCUCCUCCUGCGGCGACCUGUACGAGUUCACCUCGGCAUGCCCCGUUCGCCGCGUCUUCAGCACGGGUGAUCUCCAGGUAUGGCCACAACCUGGAACCUGUCCGCACAACUGUGAUCGGAUUCCAUGGAGAUUGGAAGCUGAUCAGCUGGUGUUUUCGGAUAUAAAGCAGGGGAUGAAUGGAUCAUCGCCGGUGCAGUCAGGCGACAGCUGCGGCCAAGACGCCGGGGGCGGGCCGUUCUCACAGAAGGUGGGGCGAUACAGCGCGGAGGAGAGGAAAGAGAGGGUCGAAAGAUACCGCUUGAAGCGCCACCAGAGGAAUUUCACCAAGAAGAUCACCUACGCGUGCAGGAAGUCACUGGCGGACAGCCGGCCGAGGGUGAAGGGCCGGUUCGCGAGGAACGGCGAGACGGAGGCGGAGAACUACGACGAGCGGGAGGCGUCGGACAACAGCUACGACUACUGCGGUUACAGCGAGCCCAGCAACCAGAGCACCGGGAACAGCUGCUACCACGGCAAGGACAUGGCCUUGGUUGGCGGCGGUGACAAUGGUGAAUGGUGGUGGCGGGCACCGGGGGCGACCGUGGAGGCGGAGGGGCAGCGGCAGGUCGGCUUUGCCGACGUCGUCGACGAGGAGAUUUGGGCAACCCUCGGAGACAUGCUGUCCGUGAACCUGGCGUCGUAGGCGCCACUGGUCAGCGUGAUGGGCGACAUGAUGGGUCGAGGCGUGAGUGGCCGGUAGGGUCCGGCGCACACUAGUAGCUGGCUCGAUCAGGGGUGGCGGCCGCCGUGUGCGCGGCACAGUGCAGCGAUCGGUCGAGGAUGGAGGUCAGAGUGGCGCCCCGUUGACCUUGUCCCCCUAGGUUUGUAUUAUUGUAACUUUUUAGCCAGAAACACAUCAUGAGAGUUGGAGAAACAAAAAAGAGAGAUCAGAGUGAGAAAGAAAGUGAUGGCCUUCUCGUGUUAGCAGACUUGAGAGAACAGCAACUUGUAUGUUCCGUGAGUUCCUAGUUACUUCCAUCCGUAAAAGCUUAAAAAUCACUCAUUUGUCC